CAGAAAAUGGCGCCUAUUUCUCUCAAAGACACAAAAAUCACUGCGCUAACGGAGAAUCUGGUCUCUCGACUGACUAAAUUCAAGAAAUCUUCCCGAAACUUCACUUUGUCGUCUCAGUUUGCCUUGUCAAAUUUUCGGUAUCAUAAUUUUCUUGAUGUCAACAGCCUUCAAGUGUCACGUUUAAUUGAAGGGGUUUGUCAAAAGUUUAAAGUUCAUYCACAGUUUGAAAAGGCUGAAGCCUUUAAGGACCUGUGUGAUGAAUUUUUGAACGCUCCAAUCAGCCAGUCAACCCAAGAGGUUAAGACAGAUGCACAUUACUCAUUAAUCUCACUCUUGUUGCUGUUAUCCAACUCACCGACCCACAAUGAUUACCAACCAAGAGAGGAACCAUCUGAUCUCACAGAUGAAGAUACAUUUGACUGGAAGGCCUAUCUGUUGGGUGAUGCUGAAGAGGAAAUACUAGGAAUACCCCACAGUGGUCCCUUAUACGACUGGUCUGAUGAUGAAAUUUUGGAUUCAGACACAUCAACAGCACCUGAAGAUUCUGGUGUUGUGGAUACUUCAUUGAGUGAAGAUCAAAGACCCCUCACUUUGUAUGAGACAGAAAAGCCAUCAGUAUCCACUCUGACAGAGAAGGGUCGCGUGUGGUUGUCAGAACAUGUUGUACAUCAAUACUGGGAGGAGUAUCCUCUAAGUACUACCACUUUGAACAAUACUAGUAAAUAUGGCCAAUGUACAAUUGCUGAUAAAUGGGAGACCUUUCAGAAAAGUCAAAAUCCUUUUCAUCAGUCUAGUGGAAAGAAAGUCUUGACAGAAACACAGAUUGUCAGAGAAACUAUUUGGAUACUAUCUGGUAUCGGGAAAUCAUUUGUUUAUAAAUACAAUCACAAAGGGAUCCAAGUGAAUAGCAGCAUUCAGGUGUCUCACUUAAGUUCGGAUGCACUACAGAGUUUCCUAAAGAAAUUUGCUGCAGUGGGUGAACAAAGCCACGAGCUACAGGCAUUCAAAGCGUCUGUUUUGGAGGACAUCAAUGCUUCACAACCAUCCAUCACCAUGCAAGCCUUUGCUAACUCACUUGCGACCUACUUUAAGGAAUACAAGUCAUUUCUUUCUGACAUCGAGAAGAGCAUCAUCAAAAAAGAGGCCACAGUAACGUUGCUGGGUUUGCACGACAAGCUUGACACUAAAAUGAAAGAGAUCUCAGUAAUCCAUUCUGUAUAUCAAGAAGGAGUGCUUGUGCAUGUGAAUAAACCCUUACCUCAGAGAGUUUCCCAUCUCUUGGAUGCUUUCUAUCAUAACAUACGUAUAUCUGAUGCAUUAGGAUCAUCGGCAAAAUGGAAGGUUUCCAUAUUGCUUCGAGUAUUUCUAGACACGGCUCGCCCAUGUUUCGAGUUCAUCGAUAACUGGGUGACAUCAGGGACCUUCAAUGAUCCUGCAAACGAGUUCUUUAUCCAAAGAAAUGACACAGUGUCACUAAAAAGUGCAUCAUUCUGGGAGGAAGGAAUAACACUGCCACAAGCUGAACCCGGCAGUCAACAAACUCCAUACUUGGUACCUUGCUUUCUUAUGGAUUUACUUCAGCAGAUUUUACUUGCAGGAAAAUCCGUCAAUCUCAUUCAAGGCCUUGGAAAGAUGGCUGAGUCGCCUGUUUCUGAUGCUGAAGGCAGUUCUCUGUAUCAAAACUUUCUGAAUUCAUUGUUGUCAGCGGUUUGCGACAAAAGCGCAUACACCGCAGAAGGAUUCCUCGGCGAUGACAAAGUUCAUGAUGGUGAUACUGUCGGUGAAUGCCAUAUUGCAUUAGCAAACAAGGCAGAUAUACUGGCUGUUACCAAGGAAAUUGGUGAUCCUAUGUUGAGGGAAUCWUUACUGACGUCCGCGGUGGUUGCACAGUCUGCAAAAAGAAAUGAAAGGAAAGAUAUCAAACAAGUGAUGCAAUUACACUCAGGACUGGAAAAUUGUUUGGUGCCUGUCGAAGUGUUGAUCAAGAAAAGUUUAACACCUCUAUUACAAACCAAAUAUACUCAGGCGUGUGGUGCAUUGAUCUCCCUUCUCAAAUCUGACUACAAUCUGAUGGAUCAUUUGAAUGCAAUGAAGAACUUCUUCUUACUUGAAGCAGGCGACACCAUGCAUCACUUUUACCUUGACAUAUUCAAGAAGAUUCGACGUCGUCAGCCAUGGCAGGACAUAUCAUACCUUAAUUCUCUUCUCCAGGAAGCUUUAUAUCCUCGAUUUCCUAGCUAUAUAGACAGGCUUGCUGUAAGUCUCACUCCUGUUGUCUCGGGAGCUAAAAGUUCCUCGGUGCAGACUCUACAGUCUAUCACACUUAACUACAAGAUUCUCCAUACCACUGGACUCGAAUUUCAAGAGGCUAUUUUAAAGGCUGUUGAUCUUAAUGCAGUUAUUGCAGUGCAUCGUGCUCAUGUUGACAAAGUAUUUGAUCGCUGUCUUCUUAGCCAAAAGAUUGGUUUUGUCAGGGAAGCAAUAACAAAAGUACUUAACUUGGCCCUGUUGUUCCAGGCCAAGUGGGAUGCAAGUGUGGCAGAAUUCAACAAAGACGCGUAUGAUAAGAUUGAUACAGAGUUUUCUAAAUGCAACCAUUUUGUCAUCACAUUUCUCGGCAACAUCGUCAAGAGAGGUGCAUUUCCACAUCUUGAGGCCCUGGCAUAUUCUCUGUCUUCAUCACCAAGCAAUACCAGACUAAACCAAGGGAUAAGCGUAAGAUAACUGGUAUCAAAGGUACUCUUAUUAAUACCUGACUAGUGUCGCAACAACAUUAACACAUACAGCGUUACGUUCACAUUUGUCUUGUAAUAUAUAAAGAAAAUAUAAAUAUUAUGGUAUACUUGGGCGUUGGCUCUGAAAAGUGAAGCAUUAUAUAAUUACUUUAAUAAAGUUAGUCUCUGCAAAAAUAUCUCAAGUCCAUCAACAUAGUUAUCAAGCAGUUGAAACAAGCUGUUGAAACAUGUAAAAUGUAACUACCCAUGCGCCAUAGUAGCCUUAGUUUCAAGUGACUAACUUUAUUGAAAUGAGUAUAACAGCAAGCCAAAAAGAGGUUUUAUCUUCUGGGUCGUCUUCAAAACAGUAAAAUAACUUUUGGCUGAUAUAUUA